AUGAAUGAAAACAAGAUUGAUUGGGGGGGACUGAUUCAACAAAGUCAUGGACUAAAUGGGGAUUUCAUUUCUGAGUUUGGUAAUCAUUAUUGUCAAUAUUUUGAUAUGAGACAGCCUUGGAAUAUGGGACCACUUGCUAUGGCUGGAGGAGGAGGAGGAGGAGGAUCAGAACAGUUACCAAACAUAGCUUCUGCCAAAUCAUCUGGCACUAUUAUGAGCCGUUUUGAGUCACCAACUUCUGCCUUUUAUGCUGCAGAAAAUUGCAUGGGAUUUGCAGAAUAUAAUUGCCAAGUUGGUAUUAAUUCUUUGAGCUCUCAGUUAUAUAAGAUUAAUGAUUUGGAAUUCCCCUUGUAUCAAUCUCCCAGGGAAAGCCUUUUCGUGGAUCCAGCAAACCAACCUGACUCAAACUUUGAGUUGUCAAACACUUUACAAGCCAUAGUGAAAUCUCAAUUGAAUAAUAGUCAAUGCUGUAGAUCACCAGAAAAGUCCAACAAAAUUUCAUGUGGGAAUUUUCCUACCAUGUUCCUUCCAAUUGAUCACCAAAAGUUGUUCAUUGACGAUGUUACCUCAGUUAAAGGGAGUUCAUCAUUUCAUAACAAAGGAAAUCAGGACCGUAAAGUUGCUUGUGCAUCAUAUAAUUUACCAGUUUCACAGCUGAGUUUCUCUUCCCACAAUGAGAAAUUGUCUCCAACACUUUCCGCAGGAAGUGUGUCAUCUACUUUUGGAAACUCUGCUUCAAAUGGGACAGUAGUCUCAAGUAAAACACGUAUAAGAUGGACUAAGGAUCUUCAUGAGAAGUUUGUUGAGUGUGUCAAUCGCCUUGGGGGUGCUGACCAGGCAACACCAAAAGCUAUAUUAAAGAUGAUGGAGACAGAUGGUUUGACUAUCUUCCAUGUCAAAAGUCAUUUGCAGAAAUAUAGAAUUGCAAAAUUCAUUCCGGAGGCAGGUCAAGGGAAACCUGACAAAAGAAUCCAUGCAAAGGAUGUCCAUCAUCUUGAUGUCAAAACUGGCUUGCAAAUUAGAGAGGCACUUAAGCUUCAAUUAGAUACUCAAAGGUGUCUUCAUGAACAACUUGAGAUUCAGAGAAAAUUACAGUUGCGAAUAGAGGAACAAGGCAGGCAGCUGAAAAAAAUGUUUGACCAACAGCAGAAGACAAGUAAUGACCUCUUGAAUACUCAGACUAUGGCCAAUGAUGAUACAACAAAGAGACAUAAAGAUGUUGAUGUUUCUAUUUCUGAAGGGGCUUGAAAUUCAUCUUCCAAAUCCUCUCCAAGCCCUUACUGCGAAACUUGUGUACAAAAUUACAAUAAUCAAAAAGCUUACUCCUAAGAAACAGAUA